AUGACCUUCAAAUGGCGCAAAGCUGACAAAGCAGGGACCCUCAGGCCAGUAUUGAGGUGUAUUACAGUGUGUUUUAGAGGGACCCUCAGGGCAGUAUUGAGGUGUAUUACAGUGUGUUUUAGAGGGACCCUCAGGGCAGUAUUGAGGUGUAUUACAGUGUGUUUUAGAGGGACCCUCAGGGCAGUAUUGAGGUGUAUUACAGUGUGUUUUAGAGGGACCCUCAGGGCAGUAUUGAGGUGUAUUACAGUGUGUUUUAGAGGGACCCUCAGGGCAGUAUUGAGGUGUAUUACAGUGUGUUUUAGAGGGACCCUCAGGGCAGUAUUGAGGUGUAUUACAGUGUGUUUUAGAGGGACCCUCAGGACAGUAUUGAGGUGUAUUACAGUGUGUUUUAGAGGGACCCUCGGGGCAGUAUUGAGGUGUAUUACAGUGUGUUUUAGAGGGACCCUCGGGGCAGUAUUGAGGUGUAUUACAGUGUGUUUUAGAGGGACCCUCGGGGCAGUAUUGAGGUGUAUUACAGUGUGUUUUAGAGGGACCCUCGGGGCAGUAUUGAGGUGUAUUACAGUGUGUUUUAGAGGGACCCUCAGGGCAGUAUUGAGGUGUAUUACAGUGUGUUUUAGAGGGACCCUCGGGGCAGUAUUGAGGUGUAUUACAGUGUGUUUUAGAGGGACCCUCGGGGCAGUAUUGAGGUGUAUUACAGUGUGUUUUAGAGGGACCCUCAGGGCAGUAUUGAGGUGUAUUACAGUGUGUUUUAGAGGGACCCUCAGGGCAGUAUUGAGGUGUAUUACAGUGUGUUUUAGAGGGACCCUCGGGGCAGUAUUGAGGUGUAUUACAGUGUGUUUUAGAGGGACCCUCAGGGCAGUAUUGAGGUGUAUUACAGUGUGUUUUUUCCCACCACUACAGAGGGCAUUAUGUGUGACUCUGGAUGGACAGUGGACUGAACACAACAGUAUCUGAACCCACGAGUCUCAGAUUUCUUUGACAAUUCUAAGUUGUGAAACUGUUGUCAGGUGAAAACUUGGUCAAACAGAGAUGAAGGUAUUAAAGAUACAAUAUCGGUACACAACAUAGCAUGACAUGACAGCAUAAAAAAAAUCAAGACAGGUUAUACUCGCCAGUCGCUGAGUUUAAUUUGAAAUAUCUUCCAUAUUAAAUACCCCACCCUCUCAUCCCACCCCUAUUUCCUC